AUGACUCCGCCAAAUUUCUAUGAAGGAAAUAUCUCUGCGAUAUCGUUUACGCCUCGUGACUAUCAAGUAGAGCUGUUAUCAGCUGCCAAAGAACGUAAUAUAAUCAUCUGUCUCACUCAAAACUCUGCAAAAGAAUUCUGUGCACUUAAAUUAAUUCAAGAACUGAGUCAUGAGCUUAGAAACAAACCAAACAAGAAGAUCUCGUUAUUCCUUACAAGCAGCCCGUCAGCAUACAAUCUCAUAUAUUAUCUUACUGACCUCAAAGUCAUCAAUUUAAACGACUUAAACGAGGAUCUUAUUGAUUGGGACAAUCUCACAGAUUAUCAAGUUGUAAUUCUUGAAACGCAGCAAUGUUUGGACGCUCUUAAAUGUUCCUAUCUCGAUCUUAGUUGCGUCAAUCUUAUAAUUGUUGAUGAUUGCCACCGUCGAACAAGAAAAUCUGACAUUACUGAAAUCUUUUUAAAAUAUUACAAGCAUUGCAUAGAGAAACCGAAAAUAUUUGGAUUAGCUGGACCGAUUCAUAAUGCGCAAUGUGAACCAGGAAGACUUGGUGCAGAGUUGGAGCAUCUCGAAUCAUUAAUGAUGGCAAAAGCUGAAACAGCGAGCGAUAUUGUCACAGUUCUUAGAUAUUCAUUGAAGCCAAUUGAAAUUCUUGCAGAAUGUAGUGCGCCGAAAGAUAAUGAUUUAGCAAGUUACAUAAGAAAUUUGAUGCUCACUAGAAAAGCUUAUAUCCUCGAUCACCGCUAUGAUCCUUCAGAAAUUUAUGGUGGAGAAGAAUUUAAAGACGAGCUUGCAAAUAUUCCAGAUCCAAAAGAUGAACCAAUCAAAUGCAUCGAUGAAUUUCUUUUUAUACUCAAUGAGCUCGGAGUUUAUUGUGCUGAUAAAGCAGCUUUGAUGUUGUUGAUGCACAUUGAAAAGCAGAAAGUGAAAACUCCAUAUGAACGUCAUUUUUUAUUGUUGUGCUUAGUAUCGACAACUCUCAUCCAAGUUCGUUCCUUUUGUGACCUAGCAUUCCAAGAGAUGAAAACUGAAAAGGAGAGAAUUGAAACUUACAUAACACCGAAAGUAUCAAGAAUCCUCGAAAUAUUAAAACUAUUCAAACCAGAGAAGUCAAAUCAUCAUCGUGAGAAAGUUAAGAAAGAAAAUCAUUUAGAAAAUGAUGAAAAGUGUCAUUCGUCAGCGUGUAAAGAGUUACUUAAAGAUUUAAGCACUGAAUCAAUCUCUAAAAUGAUGACAACAGCAUCGGAAAGAAUCGAAAAGAUUGGCGAAGAUUUGGAAAACUUGAAAGUAUCUCUCAAUAAAAUAACAAAAGAGACAACACCGUCAUUGAACUCAGCACCAUAUCAAAAGAAUUAUCGUUAUAAUCGAUUUAAAAAUCGCCGACGUUUCUUUCAUAGACCUCGUCAUCACAACAAUCAGAACGAAGCUGAAUCAUUGUGCGGUUUAAUAUUUUGUGAAUUGGUUAUUACAACCAAAACACUUUUCUGCUUGUUCUGUGAAGUUUCACGACACGAUCCUGACUUAAAAUUUCUUAAUGUGCAAUAUACAAUCAAUAAGACUGCUGAUCCAAUUACUGAAUCGAAAGAAGCUGAAGCAGAACAUCGGAAACAAGAAGAAGUUUUAAAGAAAUUUAGGAUGCACGAAUGCAAUCUUUUGAUCAGCACAGCUGUGCUUGAAGAAGGUUUUGAUCUUCCAAAAUGUAAUCUAGUCGUACGAUGGGAUUCCCCAAAAUCUUAUCGUAGUUACGUUCAAUGCAAAGGACGUGCCAAAGCUCCAAAUGCACUUCAUGUUAUCAUGAUUGCACCAGGAAUGAAUGACGACUUACAUCAAAGUAUAAUGAGCGAGGAAAUUGGCAAGAAAAAUCAUAAAAUGAUUUGUGACAUGAUUCGAUAUGAAAAUGAUGACGGAAGUGACGAUGAAGAUGACGAAAGCUAUGAAAUGAAAAGCAUUUCAAGUGAAACAUCAGAUGCUUCAAUAAAGAAAUGUAUUGUUGAAUCUAAUGAAGGUGAAAUUGAAGAAAUAACAGCAGUUGAUUAUUACGAGUCAGUUGAAGCUUGUAGCGAAAGAAUGAUUGAAAGGUUGGCUGAAUACAUGGAAAUUGAAAAGAUGUUGAUAAGAAAAUGUGAGAAUAAAGAACCACCAAUGUAUGAGCUAAGUCAUGCUGACAAGUAUGCAACUUUAAUUCAACCAUAUCAACCAAUUCGAUCAUCAGACGCACCUCAAGUUAAUCUCUCAACUGCAAUUUCUCUCAUCAACAAAUAUUGUGCGAAACUUCCAUCGGAUACUUUCACCAAACUCACUCCCAUUUGGCGUUGCUGCAAGAGCGAAAGGAAUGGCGUUCAAAUGUUUCAAUACACACUUCGGCUUCCCCUCAACUCUCCAAUGAAACAUGACAUUGUUGGCAUUCCAAUGCCAACACGCACACUGGCAAGGAGACUUGCUGCUUUGAUUGCAUGCAGAAUUCUUCACAAAAGCGGUGAGCUUGAUGACAAUCUUCAACCAAUUGGAAAAGAAGGUUUCAAAGCAAUUGAAACUGAUUGGGAAAUGUUUGAAUUAGAUAAAUGUGAUGAAGAGAUUUCCGGUGAUAACAACAGCAGCGAACCAAGACCAGGAACAACGAAACGUCGUCAAUACUAUUACAAAAGAAUCGCCUCCGUGUUUUCAAAUUGUCGUCCCACGACUUCAACUAAAGCUUAUCUCUACCACAUCACAAUGGUCCUUCAAUGUCCUAUUCCUGAAGAACAGAACACAAGAGGAAGAAAGAUUUAUCCCCCUGAAGAUGCGCUUCAAAGUUUUGGGAUUCUCACCACAAAGAAAAUUCCUAAAAUAUCAGCUUUUCCCAUCUUCACACGAUCAGGAGAAGUUAAAGUGUCAUUGCAGUUGAUACGAGAAAGUGUGACAUUGGAUGUUGAUCAAUUAGACAAAAUUAAUAAUUUUAUUAAUUACACAUUCACAAAUGUGCUUCGAUUACGAAAAUAUUUGAUGCUUUUCGACCCCGAAGCUUACGAGAAUAGCUUCUUUGUGAUUCCAGUAACACGAAAGAAGACUGCUGAUAAUGAUUUGGAUAUUGAUUGGAAGUUUCUUAAAUUAAUUCAAGAAAAUGUUAACAUGACGCCACAAUUUGUGAGUGAUGAUGAGCGAAGUAAUCAAACAUUCGAUCAUAAUAAAUUCCGAGAUGCUGUUGUCAUGCCAUGGUAUCGAAAUCAAGAUCAACCGCAAUAUUUCUAUGUCGCUGAAAUUUGCUAUCAUUUGACACCAGAAAGUUCAUUUCCAGGUGAAAAUUAUUCAACAUUCCGUGAAUAUUAUUUUAAGAAAUAUAAUAUUGAAAUACAAAACAAGAAGCAACCGCUGCUUGAUGUUGAUCAUACAAGUGCAAGAUUAAAUUUCCUAACGCCACGAUAUGUGAAUCGAAAAGGUGUCGCGUUGCCAACAAGUUCUGAAGAAACAAAACGAGCUAAACGCGAAAAUCUUGAACAGAAACAAAUUCUUGUUCCGGAAUUGUGUACAGUUCAUCCAUUCCCUGCUUCACUCUGGAGAGCAGCAGUUUGCUUGCCAUGUGUUUUGUAUCGGAUAAACGCAUUGUUAUUAGCUGAUGAGAUAAGAAUGGAAGUUUCUGUGGAUCUUGGACUUGGUACAUUAGAAGUGAAAAAUGAAAAGUUUAUAUGGCCAAUGUUGGACUUUGGUUGGACUCUUGCUGAUGUUUUGAAGAAGACACGUGAAGCUAAACUUUGUCAGACAGAUUCGGAAGAAUUAGAUGAAAAAAGGGAAGAAAGCGAGAAAGAUGUGGAGGAAGCUAAGAAGACGGCGAAUGAUUUGUUGGAGGAAGGUGAUCAGAAAGCAAGAAAAGGUCAUUUGUUAGAGAUUGGAACUUGGUCGAAUGAAAUGGCAAAAAGUUUCGAUAAUGACGAAGAUGAUGAUGAGAAUCUUGACAUUCUUCCAAGGAAUCUUGAAUUGUGUACAAGCAGAAAUAUUCGCUACGGUUCACCGACAUCGUGGAACAUCAAAACUCAGAAUGGUGUAACGAAAACGAAGCAAAUGGAAAAUGUGUAUCAAUCAGAUUCAGAUGAGUUUCUAUCAGAUGAUGAUGACUUUGAAAGUUCGAAAGAAGAAGACGAAAAUGAAGAUGAUUUAGAUGAGUACGGAUUGAAGAUUGAGUUUAAAAAUGAUCAUUUAGCGGAGGCUGUGGAAACUGAAGAGGAAAUUAAACGACGACAAAGGAAACUGGAUUUUAUCAAUGAAACGAUUGCGAUUGAAAAACAUUACGAACUUGUGAAAAAUCAAACAAGUGGAUUCGACUUUAUUGAUGAAUCAAAUUUAUCGGAACUUGAAGAAAAGAUUGAAAUGCAUGAACUAAUGUUUGAGAAAUCAACGACAGAAUUAAAAGCGAUGAUUAAAUCGAGUGGAGUUUUAAUUAAACAAACUGAAAUUAUUCCGACAAAGAUUCGCCAAGCUUUAAAGAACGAAAUUGAUUUAUCUUCGAGUUUUGAUGUUGAAGUCUUUGAUUUGAUUCCAUAUUUGGAUCGAAAUGAAGUGAUGACAGUGAUGGAGCAAGAACAACUCACAAUUGAUGAUCUUUACGAACUCAAUUUAAUGUACGAAGAAAGACAUCCAGAUGAAGAAUUUCAAGUGAUAGGAUGUGGUGAUCUCUUCGAUCGAUUUUCAGAUGGUAACAAAUUGGUAAUUACGGAAAAUAAAGAAAAAGUUAUCAAGUUGGCAAUCAGAAAUAAUCUCGAAAAACUCAUAAAGUUGAAGGAAGAUGAUGAUGACAAAUUAAAACGGAUAAUGAAUCCAAUACCACUUGACCCUUCUCCUGAUCCAUCCGCUUUUAGUUUCGAUUAUCAACCAGAUCUUUGUGGCCAUCCAGGACCGAGUCCAAGUAUUAUUCUUCAAGCACUGACGAUGUCAAAUGCCAACGAUGGCAUAAAUCUUGAGCGUCUUGAAACAAUCGGUGACUCGUUUCUUAAAUACGCCAUUACAACUUAUCUUUAUUGUACUUAUGAGAAUGUCAACGAGGGGAAAUUAAGUUACUUACGAUCAAAGCAAGUUUCGAAUUUAAAUCUUUAUCGUUUAGGACGAAGGAAAAUUCUCGGCGAGUCAAUGAUUGCAACUAAAUUUGAGCCACAUGACAAUUGGCUGCCACCGUGUUAUUUUGUUCCGAAAGAACUUGAACAAGCACUCAUCGAUGCAAAAAUUCCUGUUUGCUAUUGGAACCUUGCCGAUCUUCCCGAUAUCAAGAAACUUUCAAGUGAUGAGAUUUGUGAACUUGUAAGAGAACGUGCUGAAAAGUUGGGAAAACUUGAAGAUAAUCUCGAAAUCAAUGGUGAUGAAUUUCAAGUGAAAAUGCAAAAUGAAAAUAUUCAAACUCCUGUUCCACUUCCAAUGAACGAUGAUGAGCCGACGACAGUUACUGAGAAUUAUCCUUGCUUCAUUCCUUAUAAUCUGGUAACACAACACAGCAUUCCAGAUAAGUCAAUAGCUGAUUGUGUUGAGGCUUUGAUUGGAGCAUAUUUAAUUGAUUGUGGUGGUCGUGGUGCAUUGUUAUUUAUGGCAUGGCUUGGAAUUCGAGUGUUGCCAAUCAUUAAUGUACCAGUGCAAGUAAAAAGAAUUCCAGGAAGUACAAAACCAUUUGAAGAAGAUGGAAUCAUGAAGCAAACUCUUUAUGGUCAUUGGAUUCCACCUAAAUCGCCGUUACUUCAUUGCAUUCCAGACGCGGAGAAUGUCUUAGAACUGCUGCUCGAUGGCUUUGACGUGUUUGAAGAAGAAUUAAAUUAUAAAUUUAAAGAUCGUUCAUAUUUAUUACAAGCAAUGACACAUGCGUCGUAUUCACCUAAUCGAUUAACUGAUUGUUAUCAGCGAUUGGAAUUUCUUGGCGAUGCCGUACUUGAUUAUCUCAUUACAAGACAUCUCUACGAAGAUCCAAGACAGCAUUCGCCUGGUGCUUUAACUGAUUUAAGGUCAGCUCUAGUCAAUAAUACGAUUUUCGCUUCACUUGCUGUGCGUCAUGGUUUUCAUAAAUAUUUUCGUCACUUAUCGCCGGCAUUAAAUGAAGUCAUCGAUCGAUUUGUGAGAAUUCAACAUGAAAAUGGUCAUAAUAUAAGUGAAGAAUAUUAUUUAAUGUCGGAAGAUGAGUGCGACGAAGCUGAAGAUGUCGAAGUUCCGAAAGCACUCGGAGAUGUCUUUGAAUCUGUUGCUGGUGCAAUUUUCCUUGAUUCGAAUAUGUCACUCGACGCAGUUUGGCGUGUUUACUUCAAAAUGAUGGGCCCGGAAAUAGAACAAUUCAGUUGUUCUGUUCCAAAAUCACCAAUUCGAGAACUUCUUGAAUUAGAACCAGAGACAGCAAAGUUCGGAAAACCCGAAAAACUUGCUGAUGGACGACGCGUUCGCGUGACCGUUGAAGUCUUUGGAAAAGGAAUUUUCCGUGGUAUUGGACGAAACUAUCGAAUAGCAAAGUGCACAGCUGCUAAAUGUGCGCUAAGACAACUAAAGAAGAAUAACAUGAUAAACAAAAGACAUUAAAUCAAGUUUUUAAUUUUUAGAAUCUUUUUUUAUUUUUGUAGGUAUCUUUAGAUAGAAAACCAAGUAGUCUUGAGGCAUUUAAGAUGUAAAGUAACGAAACUUUUUAUGAAAUUGUGACAUUAAAUAUGAAUUUCUCUUAAACAAACAAACAUAUGUUGUCUUAUCAUUCAUUAUCAACCCCGGUAUUCCCAAGAACAGAUAGGAAAAAGCAAAACA